AUGAGCCGCCUUACCGACUUGUGCGACCGUCUUCUUGAGCGGGGCGUGCUGGUCUACGAUUCGGCCCGUGAGCUGCUGGCAAUCGAUGUCCGCCAGCGGAAGGGCGAGAAGCUGACGGGCGAAGAGGGAUCCGCAGAGCCGCCCAAGCAGGCUGAGGCCAGUGCGGGCGAUAAGAGGCCUGCGCCGGACACCGUUCCGGAGGUACAGUAUACCAACAAGCGCUUCAAAGCUGGUCGGGGCCACAAUCGAGAGGUUGCCGAGCUGCCGCACUAG